AUGAUUAAUUAUAGCUCUUUUAUAAUGUCCGUACAGGUACUCAUAUCAGCAGGUCCAGGAGGUAAACUAUCUGUUCUUUUGAAGAGCUUCUCAAAUCCCUCCAACGUAGACCUAAACGGGCAAUGUUGUGACGCCACAUGUAGGAGCUGUGAUUACUACUUAAAGAUUUGUGUGAAGCAAACUUCUGGAGGAUCUUGUGUUGCUUAUGCAACAACAAAAACCUACGAUAACACGAAGUAUAUUGUCUUCAAAGUAAACGAGGCGUUUUCGAGUGGUGGAAGGAAUCCUGUAGUAUGGGCGUUUUCCUCAUGGAAGGUAAUUUGACGUAUUACCCUAAACUCUCUAAAAAGCCCACAGGGAACUAAUUUUUACCAGCCGUUAUUAAGAGGGGGCUAACUGCAGAAAGGCACUUAUUAGAGAGGAGAAGGGGGGUAAUUAUUUAGAACUGAAAAGGCAACCAGCCUUGGUAAUUUAUUUUAUUUCAUAAAUAUUCAAAUGGCGGCAUCAAUGAAACACUUGGUGAAGGACAAUAUCAUCAUUGUACAGGGCACCAUAUUUGUUAUACCAGACCCUUGACAAUCAUCACUAAAUACAACUAAAUACAAAGAAUUGUGUCCUUUUCAAGAGACUGCUUUGUGCAAUUAAAACUGGACCGCAGUUAGUGGGGAGUUGCUUAUUAAAGAGCCCGGGUUUAAUAAGCUUUGGUGGGGCUUGACUAAAAGAGGAAGGCAAAUUAGAGAGACCACGGUCAUCUUUGACUUCCAUGCUUAAUUUGAUUCAUCAAAUCUAAUUUUUAGUGUCAGUUCAUACGUUGUGUUUCUACCGUGUCGAAAUCAAUUUUUGAAUAAAGGUCGACAAAAACACGGCAAAAGCACGACUUCCGAAUCAAAGUUUUGAACUUGAUUCGGCCGAGCAAUUCGACAAGGUCUGCCUUGCUACAUGACUCUGAUACUCGGCUUAUUCCGUGUCGUACAGUCGACUCCCAAUAACUCGAACCUUCAAGGGAAGUCGAAAAAGGUUCGAGUUAUCGGGAGUUCGAGUUAUCGAGAGUUCGAAGAAAAUAGCCGAGAGUAUGGUAAAAAAGGGUUUUACUGCACAGUGAACAUUUUAAUCACAUUUAAUUGUAGAAAUGUCAAGUGAAAUUAAAAGAUACUUCUAGAUUAUAAAACAGAACGUAACGUAACAAAACAUAGCCUAAAUAGAGCAUGCCUUUUACUGUUUUGAGAAGAAAAGGUGCUUCAUGUUAGCCUGUGACAAUCAACAUCAGCCUCCACUAGUAAACUAUACUCCUACAACACGUCAAUAGGAAAUCCAAAAUUUAAUGUUUCGGAAGCCCGUAGGCGGCUUUUUCCCCGACUUUUUAAGGGCUCAAAACAUGGUUCGAGUUAUCGAGGGUAAAAUUAUAUAGAAAAUGACCUGAGGGGAAACGAAAAUUGGUUCGAGUUAGCGGGAGUUCGAGUUAUCGAGGGUUCGAGUUGCCGAGGGUACAUUUACAGUGAAUCAAGAGACUAUAAAGGGGACAGAGAGGGCAUCCCCCAUAUACACCCUAUUCCAUAGGUAAUUCGUCUCGAGUUAUUUUUAGAAUCGGGAUAAAGUUACCUCGCGCGAGGCGUGGAUGUUUCGUGGAGGUUUCGCAUGACCAAACGCCGUGCAAAACAUGUCGGGCGAGAGGCAAUGAAAGCGUAAAAAGAUCGAGAGCAUUCCUGAAUAUUGAAGCGAAUUGACUCGGCACUCACCUGGGAAAAAGGAAUCGCUGGACUCUUUGACAACCCGUGAAAUCAGUUUAACUCGAAGUUGUCGUAACCUCAGUGCUUUAAUAAAAUGAGAAAUUUCGCUGGUCUAUUGAAACCGGUCGUUUGCACAAUUUAGGGAGUUUAAGAUCCAACGACGCGGACGACAACUAGAACGUCAAAAAACAAUAGGUUUAAUUAGCAAAACAACAACUUCGCACGUGCAACACACUUUUUUGUUCAUUUCUUUCCCGUUUUUGCACGACUACGACGUGAAAAUGCCUAAUUUCGCGUUUUAUGGAGGACGUAAAUAAGCAACGACGAAAUUUUAUUUCUCUUUCUGAGCUUGAAUAUGAUCCCUUGAAAUUCAGCUUUCGGAGGGUUCGCCUACAAUUGACAAAGUAAUUGGGUAGGAAUAAUCGCUAUAAAGACUGAAAAAAAUAAACAUCAAACCAGAAAUUGCUCUCUUCAAACUGUAAAUUAUAAAUGAUCCUGAGAGAAUAUUCAGUGCAUGUGUUAAGGAUUUCCCUGCUCUACUGUUAGCUCUAUACAAGAGAGGAAGGGCGAUUUUUUUUAAAUUUCGGUUUCGCUGACACAGCUUUCGCAGAAAUCUUGCUGUAGUCGUUUUCGUCGACAAAAGGAAUAGCAAAAUCGCUCUUCGCGUCUUCCCCCAUUUUGUUCUGCGUCAUUUCGUGAAGGACGCGUGGCUCUCAGUGUGGGUCAUCCACGCGGAACACAUUCGCGCUAUGUGAUGGGCUGUUGUCUAAUCCCCCUUGAGAUCUGUGGUGUUAAAAAUAACUCGAGACGAAUUACCUAUGCAAUAGGGUGUAUACGGGGGAUGCCCUCUCUGUCCCCUUUAUAGUCUCUUGCAGUGAAUGUAUGACGGAAAUCCAGGGGAAAUCGAUUUUGGUUCGAGUUAGCGAGGGUUCGAGUUAUCGGGAGUCGACUGUACUAAAUUAAUAAAUUUCGGAAAUGAGUUUUUAAAAAUGUAUAUUUUUGUUUCAUUUACCGCUCACUUGAUAUUUCGUUCAUAUAUUUAAGUUCGACAGAAGCACGACGUCUCAAUUGAAGUCGCGCUUCUGUUAUACGUCUGUUGAACCCUUUACAACUGAGUUCAGCACGGUGGAAGCACGACGUAUGAAUGGGCUUUGAAUUCGAUUCUUAAGAUCUCAUGACUUUCUUGCCUUAACAAGUGCUUGAUCAUUUCACACUCAGAGAAAUGAUCUAUUUUUCAGGGCUCAUUUGUAGUGAGAGUCGAGGCUAUGGACGAUGACCAUUUUUCAGAUGAUCUCGUGGAUAGGUAUGAACGCAGGAUAGCUGUUAUUCCCUCAUCCUGGGCCUCACCAGUAAAGUGGCGGCAAGUAAUUCUGGGAGGCAACCCCUCCACGACAGUGCUGCAAUACUCUGUGCAAUGUAAUCAAGACUAUUAUGGGCCCAGCUGUACCACACACUGUGUAGAACGUAACGACGAUACUGCGGGUCACUAUACUUGCGAUAAAACUACUGGUCACAUUAUUUGUCGAGUUGGUUGGCAUGGGUCAAGCUGUAAGGUAUACUGCACACCCCAUGAUGAUUCUAUACACGGGCACUACACGUGUGAGCCUGGUACAGGAAGAAAGGUCUGUCUGCAUGGCUGGUAUGGCUCUAGUUGCAAAGUGCCUUGUUUGCCUAGAAAUGACUCUGUGGCGGGUUACACUUGCAAUUCGCAAGGACAAAAGAUUUGUUUGCAAAAUUGGUUCGGAAAAAAUCACUGCAAUUUGUAUUGUAAGCCAACCAAUGAUUCAUCCUCAGGUUAUACGUGUGACUCAACUGGGAAAAGGUUGUGUUUGAAAGGUUGGUUUGGUCCAUCAUGCGAUUGUAAUCCCAAAAAUGAUUCGUCUAUGGGUUAUACGUGUAACACUAUCACUGGAAAAAGAGAAUGCCUGGUGGGAUGGUUUGGAAGGAAGUGUGACGUUUUCUGUUUGCCAAGAAACGAUUCUGUGGGCCAUUUUAGUUGUCACAGUGAUACAGGAGCAAAAGAGUGUUUACCAGACUGGUUUGGUGAAAACUGUAAUGUGCAUUGUAAAUCUCGAAAUGAUUCACUUGGCCAACACGAGUGCACAGUUAAUGGAAGCGUUAUAUGUUCUCGCAAUUGGUACGGUCGGAACUGUACCGUAUAUUGCGUUGCGAAGAAUGAUAUUGAAGGUCAUUAUAGUUGUCAUCCACAAACAGGACAAAGUAUUUGUCACCAAAACUGGUAUGGAGAAAAUUGCAGCACAAACUGUGUUCCUCAAGAUAACGACUGGCUUGGUCAUUACAACUGCAAUAAGACCGACGGCAGUAAACAGUGUCAUAGCAACUGGCAUGGACCGCGUUGCACUCUCUUCUGCGCGCCUCGCAAUGAUUCUGGCGGACAUUACUUGUGCGAAAAAACUAAUGGUAGCAAAGUUUGUUUGGAGAACUGGUUUGGAACUGAGUGCAAGAGGUAUUGCAAAGCAAUGAAUAACUCACAAGGACACUACAAUUGUAGUGCUGAAGAUGGGACCAGGAUAUGUCACAAACACUGGUAUGGGCCAAACUGUACGGUGUAUUGCGCACCAAGAAAUGACUCCAAGGGACAUUAUCUGUGUGAUCAUAGCGAUGGCAGUAAGAUGUGCCACACCAACUGGUACGGUCGGCACUGUUCUACCCACUGUGCUCCAAGGAAUGACUCCAAGGGACAUUAUGAUUGCGGGCCAAUAGACGGAUCUAAGAUUUGUCACCAAGACUGGUAUGGUGCUAACUGCUCCGUAAGGUGUGUCUCUAAAGAUGAUGCCACUGGCCACUACACCUGUGAUGUCUCUGAUGGAAGCAAGUUGUGCUACAAAUAUUGGUUUGGCCCUAACUGCACGACAUUCUGCAGACCACAAGACAGCUAUCAAGGACACUACACCUGCCAUACGGAAACAGGUCACAAGGUGUGCAUUGAAGGGUGGGAAGGAGAGGAGUGUCUUCACAGUAAGUUUAUGACAAAUCAUUUGCAUUGUGAAGUCAUAUUACUUUUGAUAGCUGUACGCAUAAGUAAGACUCGCAGGAAAUCCCUUCCGCAAGCAUAACAAGCAAAACGAAAGAGAAACGGCCCAGCCUUUCCUGAUUUCCCUUAAUCAAUUUAUAGUAUUCAUGGCUGCAAUUUCAUUUGUGACGUGGGAAUCAAACUGACUGCGGUAAAGAAAACGCACUUCAUUUGAGUCUCAAUGUAUCUUGCAUAAAAGCACUGAUCGACGACACUGUUUUGCUUCUCCUCAUGUCGACUGAACUAGGUCUUGCGCUCUAUCGACUGAACGAGUCCAGCGUCAGGACAGAUUACUGAAUAUAAUAACUUAUGUAUGGAAUGGCAGGAAAGGAGGUGCUUUUUGGCCAGCCUCAAUUAAAAAGGACUAUCUUAAUCGCUUUAAAAAUAUUAACCAAUCGUCAUAAGGAUGGUAAAAAAAUACACUUUUAACCAAGAAUCGACAAAACAAAACGAAAACCCCCAUAAAAGCCGUUUAGCCGAAACCGAUUGUGGCCAUUGAACAGAAUUUAAGCCUCCUCCUGAUGAAUCGUUACGAAAGUUACAAAUUUGCAAGACUAGCUAAGAGUUGUUUAUAGUCUCUCUUUUCAACCAAUAUGAAUUCCUCCAGAUUGAUUUUGAAAUGUUCAUUUUCUUAUUCUUUCAGGAGUUACUACUGGUCCACCUGAAACAGCGUCUCCUCCCACUACAGCUCCCAGGUUAGAAAGCACAGAGAUCAGCUAUACAUCCAAGCUACCUUCUAAUAGCGGAAUACUUCCCAUAGAGAAACAAAGCAGAAGUGAAGCUCGGAGAACGUGGAUGACAAAAACACGAAUCGGUUUGAUCAGUGGCGGCUUUGCUCUUCUUUUAUGCCUUAUCACUAUGGCUGUGAUUGUUCUAUUGAGGUAAGCAUACACUGUUAAAAUAUCAAAAAACUUUCGCUUUUAAUAAAAGCUGUUUAAAGUAAUUUGCGAACAUCUAUUGAAAUAAAAUGCGCAUCUGUAUGAGUGGCGUAAAAGGCGCGCCCGUAAAACGGACACAACAACUUAGGAAUGAACUGUUGAGCGUGAAGACGCGGGGAGUUAUCAAAUGUUGUCCGUAUUAUUUUGUCUUUUAGUAAUACGCCUGUUGUGAUUGGCCAUUUCAGCGGGCCGUAUAUUUCACUGUGGGGCACGCCUUAUUCAAGGUUUUGGUCAUAAUGAAGUAUUGAGUUGAUUAUGGUUCUCACGUUAGUCAUGAUAUCCUUUAGCUGUAGAUCACGACACCGUAAGCAGCCAUUUCAGUAUAGACGGCAACACAAUGAGAAAGGAAAUGACUUGGGAAGUUCACUGGACAGACGCCCUAGUGGUAGAGUGAAUCCGGCCACCGACGUACUUUCUCAGUAUGAGAUGAACGACAUGUUCUUUAAAGUCCAAGAGGUUUCUUGGUAAGUCGACAACAUCCUUCGGUAAAGUUUUAGCCUGAGAAAACAGCCCGCUUUUGGCGACGCUACCACUGGUUUCUCCGCCAAAUGACGUCUGAGAAACGAGGGCAGAAAUUCCACACUGAUGACGCGUCAUUACCCAGAUCUGGGUAGUGCUUCUGAUUGGUCGCGCCGCGUGGGAAAUUUGAUUCAACCAAUCAGAAGCAGUAUGGAAUUUCUGCGCUCGUUUCUCACUGAGAACAGACGUCAUUUGGCGGGGAAACCAGUGGUAGCGUCGCCAAAUGUCGGCUGUUUUCUGAGGCUAGUAAGGUUCCGAAAGUCAUGAUUUCGAGAGUAAAGAUACAUCUUCCUUUUUUGGUACUUUGUAAUUGGCUUGGGAAAUAUGGAAGAAUAUAUUAUGCUUUAUCUUUUUCGUUUUACUUAGGGGCGAGGACGGCUCAAGGCAAGUAGAGGACCACCUAGUCAUGUACAACAACCCCCUGUUUACCAAAAGAGAUCAAAUCAAGAGCUCUGUGAGCACAAGGCAACUGGCUCUGGACAGUGAAUGGAAUGUGGUGUUUGAUUUAUAAACGGGUGCAUAUUUAGUCUCGAGAGGGCUGAUCGCCUGUAAUAGCUUGUAGCUCACUGUAAAAUUGAGUUUAAUUAGGAUUAAAUUAUGUUGUAAAAAUAUAUUUUAUUUAAUUAUCGAAACAAUAUUACCUUCAAUACUUUUUGUUACUGAAAUUGAAAUAUUAUUGACAUAAUGACGACAAAGAGAAAAAAGAUUAAAACGCUAUUGUUAAAAAAACUCUGUACAUAUUCUUAACAUAAGAAACAUGUGAAACAGGAAAAGAAAUAGGAUGAAAGCUUGUUAAUUUACAUCAAUUUUCCAAGCUUAUAAAAUGAAACAAAAAACAGAAAGAAUUAGAAAGAGUUCUACGACAAAAUCUGUAUUGGAUUGAAUAUUACCUUAGCCUUUAUCUGUUUGACAAUGGUAUCUUUUAGGGGUCAAUAAAGCAUGCGAAAGCGUUAUUUGAUUCAUUUCGGGGUUUAAUUCAAUUUUUCCGACCAGCAUUCACCACGUUUAUAGGUGAUUGUUAAACUAGCACUUUCAAGCUAUGAAGCACGCACAGCUUUCUUCUUCUCGGCUCUCCUGAGUUUAUAAGAUAGUUGAUGAAAAUUAAUUCCAUUAUAAAAGUUUCGCGAUUAAAAGAUUACAAAUACAAAAAAAAAUUCAAUUUUACCGAGAAUUACAUGGAUAGUUCAUUAUCUAUCUGAACAAUUAAUAAUGUCAUCUGUUUUAGUACCUUGGUGACUUCUUUCUCGAUGAAAUGCUCACUAUUGGUUUUCUUUAUAGUUUCCUUUUUUUUUUCACAAUGCGGUUUCCUGUUUCAUCUGAGACACAAAAUUCAUUGGCCCUAUGAAUGAUUAACUUCAACUAUAUUCAUUUCUUUUCUUAAAAUUAAAUUAAAGUCAAUUUGAUUGAAUAAAUAUUACAGUCAAAUUUAUUUCUAUUUCCAGUUCAUAGUAACUGGUAACAAUGCAUACAAUUAAGUUAUAGGAUUUCAUUGAAGUAGACUGACUGAUAAGAUACAAUAAAGGGAAGCGGUGCGCGAAAAGCAGUGCAAGAAAGCUUCAAAAUGUAAUCGCACCAACAUUCUACUAUAGCCAUGAUUAUGUUCAAGGUCAAAAACUAGAACCACCGUUUACAGCACCUUAAAGCAAAGUCCUGCUAAAAGAAGGCAAGCAAAUCGCGUUUUCUUCGGUGCUACCGUUCAAGUGGGCCAGAAGGAGAGCGAUUCCGACUGUGCGCUUAAUUUGUUGUGACAAACAUUUCAUUUGCAAAACAAAACAUCAAUUUAAACCUUUGGUGACGGACAGCUGCAGCUACACAGGGCAAAAGGAGUAGUUAGUAAUAAGAACGAUUUUUUAACCAAAUGCUCCUUUUUGAAUCUGUUUUCUGCCAAAAGGAGACAUUACUGUUUACAAUCAUUGUUUUUGUUAUUCAAAUUUGUAACAAGUGAAACAAAGGAAUCAUCUUUUUCAAAAACCAAAGCGCUUCUGCCUGAGCAUCGCUUUUAAAUCUAACUUUAAAUGGCUAAAAAAUAAUAUUGCCAUCAGUAAAGACUUUUAUCCCGCUGCAGGUAAUUUAAUAAGCUUUAUUUUGUUUUGAGAGAAUUUAUACCUUCUGCCCUUAAACUGAAAUUUAAAUUUUAAUUAGAGUCAAAAAUUUAGCCAAUGAAAUAAAAGUGCAAUAUUACUUUAAUACAGAAAAAUAAACUUGUAUUUCAACUUUCAAGUGAUCGAUGAAGAUUUUGCGUAGAGAAGAACAUUUUAUUAUGUCAAUAACUCAAUUUUCCACCUAAUGGAAAUGAAGCUGAAUCAAGCAGUCGAGUGAAUAAUGAAACACUUUUGCAGUAGAAAAUAUCAAUAAAGACAAGGUUAUUAAUAACUCACUUUCCACUUAUUAAUUUGAAUCAGAUUUUUUGAAUUAAAAAUGGUGCUUGCAAAGAUUAUGUAACUGUUAUAUUUCAAAAGUUUCUGAAAGUAAAACAAAUCAAUAAAUAACAAAAAAUCCGACGAGAAAAACGCAGAAACAUUUUUACGGUGGACAUUAAAUAAAAUAGUGCAAUAAAACUGAGCAUAAUAGGUUGCCAGUUGUAUCUACAGUCCCUACAGCUAUCUACUUAGCUCGAGUUGUAGCUAUAGAAACUUGUUAACUCAGUGUAAAUUCCACAGAUCGGAUUUGCGUAUGUUUUGUGUUUGUAUGCGUUUCCAAGGCUCGUGGGUAGAAAAUAGAGUGCUGUUUCGACAUUUUUUCUUACCUUCUGUAUUCCAAGGUCGUCAACGUUCUUGAAGAUCUGUUCUUAUUGUGAGCAGUUCUGGAUCACCCUUCUCGGUUCUCACCGUUUUCCGAAAGCUCUUUGAGCUAUGGAACACGAUGGCCAAUAGAUCUGAGAACUACAGACGUUCGUCUACGCCUAAACUGCCACCCGCUAUAAGGAUCAACGGAGCCGACAUAGCUCCCGUUGUACUGGGCUCGAUAUAAGCUCGAUCAGAAAACCGGGUCAAAUCAUUGAAUACUGAUAUUGUCAAACGGAUAAUUUUAUCUACUUCUUGUAAAAUCUGCCACUUAUCUUCCAGUGAAUCACGCACAUCUUUUUCUUCGGUGAAUCGUUCUAUGUGCCCAUUGUUCCUUGGUGUACUUUAAAUAUUAGAACAUGGAAUUCCUUAGAUUCUUUUAAAAGGAAGCUCAAGACCCAUCUCUUUGGAGGACGCAUUCUUAUAACAUUUCUUUAUAGCAUUUCUUAGCAUUUUUAUAUCAUUUUUUUUAAAUAGCAUUUUUAGCUUUAUAGCCUUUCGCAUUUUUAAUUACAUUGAUUGUAACCUUCGGCCAUGAUAGGUUUUUCUUUCUGUAAACGCAUUGAGGCAAUGCAUAAUAUGUUUCAAAAACUGUAAUAAUCAUUAUUUUUAAAUCUUCAAAAUCUCGAGUACAGCUUUUCUAAUAUGGCGGUCUCUCUAGCAGUAAAUGACUGGAUUAACUAAAGAAUUUGAAGGCAUUAGGCUGUGUUCACAGUAUACCGGAUAGAUAUUGCGCCGCCACGAAGAUCAUACCGGAUAGGGCUUCUGUUCACACAUAAGAACAGUUGUGGUGGCGCGAUUUCUGUGACGGAUCGAAGCUGCGCCUCGCCGAUCUCUAAAGAGGAGAGUCACAUAUGAGAUAUAAGUGUUCACCACUAAAAGCCAUCCGGUUUAGUGUGUACACGCCAUGACGACAUUUUAAAAAGAACGGGGAGUUCUUUUCGUAAUAAAGAGAAAGAAACAUCAGGAACGAAGCUGUUGUGACCAAAGCAGUAGAGUAGUAUAGGGCGCAUAGGUUACUUUGUUUUUUUUUUUAGGGGGAAUCUCAUUAAUUUGAGGAAGAAUACCUUAACAUCGAUGACGUCAUGGACUUUUGUCUUUAUCUCAAUUCUGUCAAACCGCUUAAAUAAAACUAGAACAUGACAAACGGGUUAAAGUGGUAAAGGUUAGGUGAGUAUAUUGUUUCUACUGUAAAGGGAAAAUAAUGAGAUUCCUCCGCAAUUUAUACAUGAGAUAAAGACAAAAGACUAUGAAAUCACCGGCUUUAAUACAUUCCCCCUAAAAUAAAUGAAAUUCUCCCUUAACCCUUUAAGCCCUGAGAGUGAUCAGCAUCAAAUUUCUCCUUGUAAUAUCACUGCUUUAUAAAACACAGAGGUCAUGAGAAUUGAGAACGUGAUCACACAAGGUGAAUCUAAUUGAUACUUCAACAAAUUCUCUUCAUCACUUCUAUUGAAAACGUAUAGGGAUAACAAAUGAGAAUUUGAAUUUUGAAGUUAGGGUUUAAAGGGUUAAAAAAGAGGAGUAACCAAUGCGCCAAAUGCUUCUUUCUUGGGGAUACUUCCUUUGUGUCAGCAGUUCUGGAUCAUGUUUCUUGCUUCACACCGUUUUUCGAACGCGCUUAAUGGCGCCAUUUACCAUGAUGGCCGAUGGUAGUCAUGCGUCAGUCUACGCACGAACUGCUUCCUACAAGGAUCAAAGGAGCCGACAUAGUUCUCUUAACCGACGCUGUACUGGGCUCGAUAUGAGCUUGUUCAAAAAAGCGGGUCAAAUCAUUGGAUGUUGAUCUUGUCAAACGGAUAUUUUUAUCUUUAAGUUGUGUAAACCACGCACAACGUUUCGUUCGGUGAAUCGUAUUAUGCCCCCUGCAUUCUCCAGCAAUUUUGAAUCAUGUUUCUCGCUUCUCACCAUGUUUCGAACGCUCUUGAUGCCAUGGACCAUGAUGGCCGAUGGUAGUGAAGGGCCCACGCCCAAACUGCCCUCUUCAAGGAACAACGGAGCCGACCUUGUUUCAUAACAAAUGGGAACAAUCUCUUGAUGUCACCAUUUUCGUUUUUUUCCAACUCGUUAUUACAACUUUUGCUCUUCAUUUCAAGGAAAUAAAUCGUCCGUAAAAAUGACGGUUGAUGAAAUUAAUGUCUGAUAGUAAUGACAGAUUAGUUAGUGAGGGCGUUCAAUUUUUCUUUAGCUUUUCCUCCGAAAAUUACAAUGUUUCUAAACUAGGAAACAUUAUUCAUUCUUUAAAGCGAACGUCUGCGAAGUCUCAUUUUCAUUAAGUGAAUGUUCGUUUAUGAAAAUAGAAUAUCAACAAUAAUUAUUAUUUUAAAUUUAUAAACAUUUUCUUGCAAAUAUCACGUUGGAUUUAAAGGCAUGCUUUGUUUUACAAUAAAAACCUUGUUUUGCAGAAAUGGUGUAAAUGUGCAUAGUACGUCGCAAUCGUAUCGUUUCAAGGCUUGUGAUUUGCUGACGUGCUUGCACAAACAAACAAGAGGUGAACUGAGUCGGGGAGCAGGAAGAAAAAGAAAAAAUAACGAAUACAUUAAUGACGAGAGUUGUGUAGGUUCACAUAAACCAAAACUAGACGAAGUCGAAACAGAGACCAUACGUAACAUGAAGUUUUCCUCCUACACUAAUUACCUCUGUUGGUAAUGAUAACAUGCAUAUUAACGUUAACGAAAGUUAAGAACGUACAAAUGUUGUUUUUAUUCUCUACAAUGAUUGUCAUUUCCAUUAAGUGAAAAUGUUAUAUACAUCAUCAUGAAUGUUCCUAGCUCAAAACUCUUCAAUGACCACACGAAAGAUUAGUAUUUUCUGCAAAGAUUAUCAUGAUUUUACUGACUGCAUUUUUGACGCUAAUGAAAAAUUAUUUCUUCUACAAAAAAGGCAAAGAUGUAAUGUUUCUUAACCUUACUAACUGAAUACUGAAUAUACCUUCGGUGAAUUUGUGCGUACUAGCACGGCAGCAAUUUUCAAGCGGAAAAAUUUAGUGAUUGCGGCGAACAAUUUGCGCUAAUCCUGCAAUACGUCUGCAAUACGUUUCAUAUUCUAAAACCUCGCCUCCGAAUUAAAGCGUGGCUACAAACUCCAUUAAUUUUUGCCGUCCGAACGAGAGUUCCCCCAUUGUCACCUCCAUUAAGCGGCCGUCGAACACUUGAUAUACUUAGUCUGGCUUAAUUUCAAGCGGUAUUUUCAGGGGAAGCGUGUUCGUAGCAAAAUAAACUGAUAUCUCUAUUUAAAAAGAUAAUUCUAAGUUAUGACAAACCUCUAUUGAGAGGCCAACAGCCAUUAAGCGGCCACUUGCCGAUAUCACAUGGGUGGCCGCUUAAUGAAGUUUCAACCGUAUUUUAAUACGCGCGCGCUCGAGGUCUGUUUCACCAGAAAAUAGAAAGUUUAAGCUUCACGUAUACGGCAAACGUCACAUUCAAGUUGAGAAUUUCUCAAAACAGAAAAUGUGCGAAUAAAAACAGCUCAAAACAAUUCUUAUGGAUAAAAAAAUUCGUCAAACUAUUAAUUUAGGUGUGGAUUUAAACAACAAGUGAAGAGGAAACUUGGUCACGUGGUACAAAUUCGCCUUUGCCGAUUUUGUUUAGACUUGAUAGAACACGAAUUGCAAGAGUUUGUUUCGCAGCUUUGAAAAAGCUUCUAUUUAAGACCCUACCAGAUAAUAUGUUUUAAUUACCGUGAAGUUAUCAGUGAUUGGAAAAAAAGGUAUCAGUAAUGGAAGCAAUGGUUUUAUUUUGUUUGCCAAGUGAAAGGACUUUUGCAUUAACAAGCCAGAAUAAUCAAAAUAAAUUCUGGGUUAUUUUCUUUAAAAAAGCAAUAAAAGCUUUUUGUUAUCCAGCUCUCCUAACUGUGGAUGGACGCAUGGUUUCAUAUUUUCAGCUCUAAAGGAAUCGGAAAAUCAGAGGUCACCUCGAUACUCCUCACUGAAGCUCGUAUUUGUUUGUAUAAUCUAUAUAUGAAUGGUAAUGCUCCUUUGCUGAUGGGUAUUUACAACACCUAUUCAGGCUAUUACAAGGUCAGACGAAGAUUAUAUGUUAACGAACGUUUUGUAAAGCUAACUUUAUCUGGGAAAAAUAUAAAAAAAGUGGGCCUGACAAAAUAUGGACACUUAUUCCAUGCUUGGAGUAAUGCUUAGAAAUAUGAAAUGAGACUGACUAUAAAUAAAAAAAAAUUAAAUCUUGCAAAAAGAUCGUUAUAUCUAUGUCAGAACAUCAUCAUUUGUGUCCUAUGAUGGUUACUAUGUUUUCAAAGAAAAAAUCACCCUUGGUUUGCUAAAUUAUGUGUUUGUUGUGCUAAUCAGAGGCCCGUUUUAGAUCCAUUUUAAGGUAAGAGUCGGUGUAUUUCUAAACAACGAAACUGAUUUGGCUUUGACAAUUCAUUUUCACUUACCAAAUACAGAAUAAGGGCUUCUUUCAACAAUUUGGUUUGUUUCUGGCCUGAAUUUUGCUCAAAAUUCCAUUUUGCAACGCCUUAGAGGAACCUGAAGUGUUUGUUCCAAAAAUUCAAUAAACCGUAGUAAGCCAAAUUUUUCUCAACUGAUUUUGAUAAUUGGGUGACUAAGCUAAACAGUGGUAUAGGUAUGAAAGUUAUGCAAGAAGGCAGGUGAAUAUACUGACAUUUUGAAAAAUGGCUAUUUUGGGAUGUAGUUUUAACAUCAAUUUUGGCCAAACUCUAGCCCCAGGCUCCUCUCUGUACAAUACCUUGAGGACAAAGUUUCAUGCAUAAACUGAAAGCUCUGUUAUAGUAGAGUUCAUGGCCAAAUUCAUUUGGUAGCACAAUUUACCAGUGGGGUCUUAUGGCACUUUCAAAAUACCCCCUGGAAGGCUGGAUUUUUGGUGCUCAAAGGGCAAAAAAUGAGACACCCCCCGUAACUCCAGCAAAACUAAAAGUCAGAGAAGUGAGCCAAAGUGGCUUUUGAAAUAUCUCAUGGCAACCAACUUCUGUGCCAAGUUUCAGCCAAAUCGGUUGACCACAACUUUUGGCCCCUGGAACACUUUCUCAGACAAUGACACUUAAAUCACUUAAAAUUACAUUUAAUGUUUAACUAUUAUUGUAGCUCUUCUUACCAUGAAAAUUGCAAUCUUAGUAUUUUUUUCUUUCUGUAAUAUUUAUUCUAUGUGGCAAAAUGUGUAAAUAAAUAGAUCAAUAAAUAAAUUUGAAUUUCACCUCCGAUUCCCCUGUGCCUACCACAAGGCCAAGAGGGCACGCGUGCAAGAUCCCCGUCGACUGAGCUGUAAAAUUUCCGCCAAUCAGCGCGAAGCGGAAACGAACACGAAUGUAAACAAUCACUGAAAAACACGUGCUAAAGGUUAUGAUGUCAUUAUUAAUAUCAUCUCCGCCAAUCAGCAUUUCGCAUCAACUUUUUUGAUGCAGAUAUUCAAACUCCAGAGACGUAGUUGUAAGCUCUCCUUCCUUUCCCUCCCCGCCGCCAGAGCGCCCCCCGGAGAGCUUGCUCGCAGGUUACGGCUGCGCUUGCAGCGAGAACAAAGCUAGCCACACCCUUUGGGAACGGUAUCUCUCUAACUGCGACUACCUACAGAAAAAAAUACCCCAAACUUCAGGAAUAAAGAAGAGUAAUAUCCUUAAACUUGCUUACAUGUGAACAGUAAAACGUACAUAACCACGGCCAUAACUCUAGAUAUGACCUAAAUGUACCAUAGAUGAACCGAUUAACAACAAGUUCACUUCCUUAUAUCGAACAUUGUACAUUACAGUAUUCACUGUUGUCAAAAGUACACCUGCUAGUGCGCAACCACUGGUAGAAACAAUACAGAGUACUACCUUAAAGAAAAAUUCAUUUAAGUGCCAUCUGUUAUUGUAAAAUCUUGCUGUAUGACAGCUUUACUCUCCUUGAAUGGAAAGGGUAAAAGGUAAACUUUAAGUGGACAGAAACACUUUAAAUUUCUUCCGUAAGCAAAGUAACAAGCUUCCUUAAAACAAAGAAAAUGCUGACAAUGAAAUGAACUGAAAAUUCAAGGAAACAAAUGAAUUAUUCUUUUCACUGAAAUUCGCCCAUUGAAAACGCACUUUCGGCAAAGAGAACAUGUACGGAAGUACAAAUUUGUUUGAAUACACUAUUGUUUCUAAAAGGAAAAACAAAGAGGUUGAAAAAGAAGGCGCGAAAUUACUCAGUCAGAUAGUGCUACUGACGAGACUGUAUUUCCGAUUAAUUUUAUAGAUGGGUAAUGAGCUAUCCUUGCCAUUGUCGGUAAACGUGUUUGUUUGAAAUGAAAAAAAAAAAAAAAAACAUUUAAAUCUUAUGACAAUAGCAAGACUUUAUAAAUGAAUUACUCUCGUCCUUAUACAGCCGAGGCGCAAAAGGCCGUUUAAUUUGCCGUGAUGCCUCAUAGCCUGAACGGGCUUGUUUGAAAAUAAGAUUUAGAACGGCUUCACAAUGCAUCACAACGAGACAGAAACGAGCAUCGCUUUAUCGAAUACGACCAGGUCGGUAUUUACUUGUCCACAUGUUCCAGAAUUAACAUGGGACGUGCAUGACACCAUUACUCCAUGGAUUUUUGCUGUUGUUUCUUUUACGAUCUCACCCACAGCAGUUCUUUUAAACGCCCUAGUAAUCAUAGCAAUGAUGAAAAGAAGAGGACUGCGAACUCUUUCCAAUAUCCUGUUGGCAAGUAUGGCCGUUACCGACCUUCUCGUAGGUGGUAUAUGCGUUCCGUUAUCUGCUAUAGAUGGAUUAUUACUUCCCUAUCAAAUUCUUGCUGGUCAGCAUAUUUGCACGUUAGACGUGGCAACUGCCUUUGUCACAUUCACUAUGUCGUACGUUUCACUUGUCCAUCUGGUAAUCAUUGCAUGGGAACGGUACGUGGCCAUUCGAAGAUGGAGGGACUAUAGAAGUAUAUUGACUAAAGGCCGUUUAAAAAAGCUGGCAGUAAUAGCUUGGAUUUCAUCAAUACUAUGCAUUUUGACUCCAAACCUCAUUUCAAUGGUACUCAGAGGAGAGACUACGUUUAUAGCUCUAGGUUUUUCUACGGCUAGUUUCUUGGCACUCAUCGUAUAUUUUUACUUUAUGGUGUUCCUUAAAAUUCGAAAACAAAAAAUCACUGAACUUUUCCAGGCCAGCGUUUUAGUGUCAAUGAAAAUGGAAAGGAGAGUUGCAAUAACCACUGCCAUGGUUACAGCAGCCGUGAUUCUGUCCUUCGUUCCUGUUGCUUCUUUGAAUCCAUUAGGAAACGUUUUUCCCGUUCUUUUGAAAAUGUCGUCAUGGCGAGUGGGGGAAACACUAAUGCUUUCAAAUUCUUUAGUUAAUCCACUUAUUUACUGCUACAGAGACCGCCAUUUUAGGAAAGCUGUGCUCGAGAUUUUGAGGAUUAAAAAACUUUCACCAAAAAAUGCCCGGGAAAUAGGACGAUGGCACGAAGAAAGGGAUGAGCAUGGCUCAAACGAAGCUAAGGUACAGACGACGCAAGAAGCAGAUACAAGUACCCAUCUCAGGAGAUCAGCAUCCUUUGAUUCGAUCAGGUUUUUUGGCCGAGCUCAUAUCGAGGCAAACAGAACGUCGCUAAAGAGAAAUAUGUCGGCUCCUUUGAUCCUUAUCGAUGGCAGUUCGUGGAAGUAGACCAUCGUGGUCCAUCUCUUCAGGAGCGCUCGAAACACGGUGAGAAGCGGGCAGCAUGAUUCAGAACUGCUGACAGAAUCCCCUAGAACGGUGACGACAAGGAAUUUUUUUUCUUGUUUAACUGUGUAAACAUUCGAAAAUAGAACAACUACAUCGCUACAAGCAGAUCAGUCUUUCAGACUUAUUUAAAUUAAGAAGAAGUUUUAAAUGAUGUUGCUAGCACCUCUUACUGCAUCAACUUUCAUUGUAAAAUUAAUAAAAUCUAUGAUAACCGCAUUUAGUGGUCGCGGUACCUUUAAGGGCAGUUUGGAGUAUUCAGGCAUUAAAAUACCUAUUUGUAAGUCAACUAAAUGUGAGUUUUUAUACAGGAAUAAUCAAGGCGUUUUAUCUUGUCAGCCAUGCAAACCAUGAGCACAAGGUAUUAGUUUGUUUGCCUUGAAGGGCAAAUGCCACACACGCUUUUCGGUCAUGCACUGCAGGUGUCUUUGCUUUGAACAUCGUACCUUCGGUUUUGACUCAAGAAAUUUUGUUUAGUCCUUGUAAGGCUAUAAACAGUCCUGCUAAUGUUUAGUGAGCGUUUAUGUUACUGAUAUUGGACACGACCUAAAUUUUGCUUGUCUAGUGAUUUUUAUUCUGUAAGGAUUGAAACAAGAAUUGUAACAAAUUAGACAAAAAAAAAAACCGGUUUUUGAAGCCGUCCUACAGACUUGUAAAAUAGGAAAUGGAGAAGAGGGAUUCACUUCCCCCCCCCCCCUCCACCUAACGCACCGGGUGGGGUGAAUAAAUGAGAAUUCUCUAUUUUCCAAUUGCCCAUAAUACACGCUGUUUGCCCCCCAAAUUCUGCAUAAACCAUUGUUUUUAAAUGCUCCUGGGAGUAUUGCAUUUUCCCAAGAGCAUUUUAAGACAAUAAGUUAUGCAAAAUUUGGGGGGCAAACAGAGUGUAUUAUGGGCAAUUGGAAAAUAGUCAAUAUAGGCUGACGGUUCUUACACUGACCAACGUGACGACCCAUCGGUGCAAAUAUGUGUAAAUUUUGGGCAAGACAUCGCUUAAGUCUUUGAGGACUACUUGCUUCGUGUUGUGUCCAUUUGGAUCCAGGCAUAUUUUCCUCCCUGGUCCCAUUUAGCUUUCCAUUCAAGCUAUCAAGGUGGAAAGCAGCAAAAUCAACUAGGAUAGAUCUUUCCAACGGUACCUCAUUUAGCCGGGCUCCUAGCUGUCUUGACACAUUGACAGAGUAGUACCGAAAAGUAAAACAUUCGGGGAAAGAAUCCAGUUCCAGCUUUGCUAUUCAACUCCCACUCUUUGCAGAUUAAAUUUUCCAGGACGUUAACCAGCCAAAGCUCCUCGGAAAGAAAGACGAUUAAGUGGGCAACAAAACUGGCUAUAAAAAGAACGUCAAAGAGGAAAAAGAGAGCGAGGAAAAAGAUCAAGAUAGAUUCGCAAAAAUAAGUCCAAAGUCUAACUUAGUAGCCUGCGAAAACAUCCGUUUCUCCUCGCUCUUCGCCACUGGGGACGACGUUCCUCCUCGCGAAACGUCCCCAGCGGCGAAGAGCGAGGAGAAACGGAUGUUUUCGCAGGCUACUAACUUAGGCACAUACGUGAAAACAAAAAAGCUGCUUAAUUACAUCCAGUUAGCAGAAAAUUAUGCUCUUGGUGUAGCAAAUCCCAUUUAAACUUUGCCACGCCAACUGAAAUGGAUUUGAUCAACAAUGCUGCGGUUUUCGCCACUAAAUGGCUGCCGCAAAAGGAUCAAGUUAUUUUAGUCUAAAAUACAAGAAAAAGAAAAGAAAAGAAGCUCUGUUAAAUGAUCGACGGGGAUCAUAGUUUUAGACAACCGCGUUCCUGAGAUGUCAUUAUGUCACUCCUUUUAAAAUAGUGACUUGGUUUUCUUUUCUGAUAUAAUAUACCAAGUAAUAUUUUAAUAAUGAUUUUAUGCACCAGUAUCAGAAAAAUCACACUAUCAAAGAGAAUAAUUAGGCCUAAACAUUUCCAAAACUAUCCACAGCCCUAUCCCGCGGUACUUGAUCACUUCCCCCCCUGAAACAACAGACUUUGGCCCCUAAAAUCUAGAAAACACAGUGAUACAGCUAGUUAUUUUAGAGAUAUCUAGAACAGUCCAAACAAAGAUAAUCCGGUUAUUAGACUUGCGUUGUUAUCAUAUCAGAUGACAAUAGAAAUCGCAUCAAGUGUCAAGUCAAGUAUCUUAUUGGAAAGAUAAAAUUGAAUUAUAUAUUGUGAAGGUGAGAGCUGUUUUGAAUAGAAGGCGACAUCAAGUCGAGCUGCGCGCACGUUUGUCAAAUUCGUCGCAAGCUGUACGCCGCAAGACCUAUCUUGUCUAUCUUGCUCUUGUAGUCAGGAGCUCGACAAUUUGGAAAACCCUUACAGUACGUCUCAUCUUCACUCCAAGGCAAAAUGCUGUGGUCAUUUCUCACUUCUGCCGCUGUGUUGCUGACGUUUAUGGUGAGUUUUGUUCCCGGGAGGGCUACUUGGUCCAAUUUUUGCUGGUUAUGUGCCGCCGGCGUCUCAAAUCCCAACCCCAUUAAAGUCUACUUCUUGGCCAGUUAUAGACCCCAUCUUAGUCACUUUUGGAAAAAUGUAAUUUCGGCGAUCCCAACUUAGUAAUCUUUUGUUUGUGCAUCUGCCUUAUAAAGCCUUUUAACUGGGUCUUCCGGGAAUAAAUUGAAACAUUUGUUAAACUAAAUGCAGUGAAAAUCUUCCUAAUUAAAUCUCUACUAACCUGAAUUUUCUGACUCCAAAAUCCCGAAAAUGUGCGGCACCCCAUUCUGGUUACUCUAUUGAUUAUAGUCAACCCAGUCGUGAAAAUGUGAUCCCAUCCAGCGGCACACCCCCAUUAGCCUAUUAUUAGGAGGUACCCCCCCGGGUUUUGUUCCAGAGGGGUAAUUUCACUUUGAAGAGCUUGGAUGCUUGUUGUCUCGUUCGGGUGCGUAAAUUGAGGAAUUUGAAAAGAAAAACGAAAAGAAACAAAGACAGAUAGUACGAUAGAUAGAAGAACAAAUUCCACGACAACGUAUUGGGUUGAAAAUUACCAUACCUCUUAUGUAUCUCUUAUGUACAAUGUUAUCUAAUAGAAGUCAAAUAAAGCUUAAGGCAUGCGCAGAUUGGUCUAAUAUAGUGGUUUACAUUCAACUCUUUCUCUUAUAAGACGGACAUAUUCCAUAGUGACCGACCGGUCCCUAUUGUCCAUCUUAUGGAGAUUCGAGGUAACGUGACACCAGUAAAAUAUCAAGCUGCACCCAGUUCGCAAUGAAGGCACUUCUGUUUAACUUAUGCAAAACAGCUAAAACUGGAACAUCGUAACAGAAAAGUGGAAUCAUUUUCUUCUUGUUGUACAAUCAAACGUUCACGGCUUUGUGGUCUAAAAGCGUAACUGUAUACACUCUGCAAACUGGAGAAAGACUGCAAACUGUUACAAAUUUUGCAAUUUGUUGUCAUGUAAAGCACCCAUAUUUCCGUUUUGAACUAUUUUUCAUUGCAGAACUCACUUCUUAAGUGUUCGUUAAUAAUAACAAUAAAUAACAAUGAAACUUCAUUUAAAGAGGGUAACAUCAAUUUCCCACUCCUUUUUAAUGCAUAGAUGUCCCCUCAGGGUUUAUUUACGCCUUGCUGUGUUUUUAGCUGCUGAAGCUUAUUCAUUGGUUAACAAGGGAAUUAUUCCACGGACUCAAACAAUAGGUUAUUGUUUUGCUCAUUUGUCCUAAAUAUUUGAUAUUAAUAGCAAUGCUCUGUUACAAUCGUGUUUUCUCGGGUGUCAUUUUUCUUUUUUGAGCCGUGCCGGGUGUUAUUUAAAGAACCCUCCAGAGUGGCAUAGACCGGUAAAAUGAUAACCACUCGGGACCAAAGUGAUACUUAGGUUAAGAUACGAGAAAUGCAAUCGCUCACGACACGUAAAGUCUAACCUAAAAGAGGACCGUGUAGAACUCUGCUCCGGCGAUUUUAAACGGAAUUUAUUGGGUGGCGAUGCAGGUGCAUUUUUGAGUCUGAGACUUUCACAAGGUUGAGAUCUCGGUCAAUUUUCUUCUUCAAGUUCACUCGUUCUCCAGGUACCACACAGAUACCACACAGAUGCAAUAAGCUCAUUUACGUCUUUUAUUUCACUUGGCAAAUUUGCCAAAAAAAAGAAAGGAAAAUUGAGACUGUCGCCGAUGACACUUUUCAUCAAAAGAGGAAAUUCUAGAAAUUCUUAGUUCGCGGUAAUUACAGUCCUCUAUCUUCGCGUGAAAUCAAGAUAUCUGCAGCUCCGUUUGCGUAUGUUUCGAUAUACCCCUCAUCACCUAGUGGAAAAUAUCGUUCUAAUGUUUUAGUUUGGACUCCAAUUUUAAAAAAAUACCCCGUUCUAUUCUUGAAAUAAAUACGGAAUUCAGCUGCCCAAUAUUUAUGUAUGAGACUACCUACGUACCUACCUAUCUAUCUAUCUAUCUUGCUAAGAAAGUUAUGUGCUUGAAAUACCCUUGACUAGUGCAACCGAUAACGACGAUAAACAACAUUACCUAAAACUGAACCAUUGCUGAUAAUGAAAUUCUAGAGCUCUGAUUGGCUUAGCCAUCAUGGUACAUGAGCCAUUAUACCAUGUUCUCCAAAUAUGGUGACUGUACGCACGUCUGUUCAAAAUUAAAAACAAGCUGAACAUCGGUCGUUUUUGCAAGUAAAGUCGGGAACGGAAGCGGGCUCCUGGUCGGAUAGAAUUCUCGAUAUUUUGCUAUUCGAUAGUAAUAUCAAAUUUUAUCGAAAUUAUCUAUUUUAUUCAAAUGUGUUUUAGGGCUUACCAUUGGCAAAGAAAGUUGUUUCCGGAACACAAGUACGUUAUUUGUUUAUAUGGCUUAGAAGGUAGACGGAUAAAUUUUCAGCAAAAUUCAUUUUACAAAUAUUCUAACGAAACAUUUUCGGCUAAUCGACAGGAUAAAAACAAAGAGUUAUAAAUGGGUAAACUGAAAAUGAAAAAACUGAUUCAGCUUGCUUGUGAUGGAAACUGUUCAAGCUGAACCCUAUAUUUCAAGUGAGGAUAAUGUUCAGUGUUCAGUUUGUCACCAAGACCCUUGCUUAUUCAAAAAUCAUAUUGCAAAGCAUCAUUAAAAUCAUCCUGAAAAUAUGCAAAACAAAGUAGAUAAUCAACUCCGCAACUAAAUAAACAAAGAACAAAGUAGCAUGACCGUAAAACUUGAUAACAGAGUGAGAGAAAAUGAUCCGCCGUAAAACAGAAAUCAUCUGCAAAGUUGCUAAUAUCAUGAACUGUAAAAUAAUGCAUUACUGAGUUUUGAACCCCGAAUGCAUGCAUGUAGUAUUGUUAAAAUCGAUAGCGCUGAUAAAGAAAAAAGUCGAUAUUUUCCGUCUUAUAUUUUUCGAAAUGUGAAGGUGUCAGGAUUCGAGUAGGUUAUUAUUACAAUAAGUGCUAUCGCCAGAAAUUAUUAGACUACAGUUAAAUUCAAAUACUGAGAAAAAAAAAACAAAAAAACAAAAACAAAAAAAUAAAUAUUGUUGUUCAAGGAGGCUCCUUUCAACGAAAGGGUGCUUUAACUUUUUUGACAGAAAACAUGAAACACAUUUGCGAAACAAAACUUUAAUUUAAGUCUCUUUAACCAAAUCCUCCUUUUUGCACCCCUUUUCCGCCCAUUAGUAUGAAAAAAGCCAAAAAAAGAGAUUUGCAACGGUAAAGGCGUGUGUUAGGCUAGAGUUUUUCACUUUUUGGCGAAUUUAAUGAGUAUACAGCAAAAUUAUGUGAUCGGAAAGUACUCACACAGAGGAAGGCCAGAGGUGAAGGAGAAAAAGAAGCCGAGAAGGCUGUGCGUGCUGUGCUUUAUAGCUUGAAAGUGCUUGUUUGACUGUUAGUUUUAGAAAAACUCCGUCAUGGACCACAACGAGACAAAAACAACUAUUUUUGUUACAGAAUUCGACCAGGUCAGUGUUUUAUUGCCCUCAUAUUCCGCAAAUAAAUAAUGGGACGCGCAUGACACCAUAUCUCCUAUUUGCCGCUUUCGCCUCUAUCAUCUCACCCGUUGUAGUUCUUUCAGCGCGUUAGUAAUCACAGCAUUAAAGAAAAAGAGAGAGCUGCAGAAACUUUUCAAUAUCCUGUUAUCAUAUAGGUCCGUUUCGGACCUUCUAGCAGGUGCUAUAUGAGUGAGCUGUUAUUUGCUAUAGAUGGAUUCUUACUUCUCCAUCAAAUUCUCGCUACACAGCAUAUUUGCACGUUAGACGUGGUAACUGUCUUGUUCAUAUUCACUCUAACACUUUGUUCGAUCUUUCAUCUGGAACUGAUUGCAUGGGAGAGUUACGUGGUCAUUCGAAAAUGGAAGGACUACAGAGUGAUAGUGACCAAGGAGCCCUUGAAAAAGCAGGCGUUAAUAGCUUGGAUUUCAGCAACAGUGUCCGUAUGGAGCCCAAACCUCAUUAUUAUGGCGGUUGGUUGACAGAGUACGGUUGCAACUCCAGCAGUUGCAACAGUUGCGUCAUGGUGUACCUUAAAAUUCGCAAACAAGGAUUCAAUCAAAUCUUCCCGGUCAACACGGUAGAAACAAUGAAAUUGGAAUACAGAGUCGCGAAGACUACUGGUUUGGUUACAGUAGCCCUGAUUCUUUCCUUCGUUUCUGUUGUUAUUCUCUCUUUAUUGGGAGAUUUUUUCCAGUUCUUAAUAAAAUGUCGUCAUGGCGCGUUGAGGAAACACUAAUGCUUUCAAAUUCCUUCGUUAAUCCACUCAUAUACUGCUACAGAGACCACCAUUUUAGGGAAGCUGUGUUUGAGAUUUUGUGGAUUAAAAAACCUACAUGUAUAAUUUGUUGUUGUUGAAUUGGUACCUCUUAGGGGUGAAAAUGAAUUUAGGACACGCCCAUAAAACUAGAUUCUGGUACCUUUUAGGAGUGUUUUCCGGCGAGCACCCCGUCACUUUUAUAGGGGAGUGUCCCCCGGGAAAAUAUAUCCUUUUGACAAGAUCAAUGUCCUAUUUUUGGUCGAGCUCAUAUCGAGCCCAGUAAAACGUCCGUUAAGAGAACUACGUCGGCUCAUUUGAUCCUUGUCAAUGGCAGUUCGGGUGUAGACUAACGCCUGCACUACCACCAGCCAUCUUUGUCAUCACUGCGUUCGAUGAGAAGCGAGAAAUAUAACCAUAACUGUUGACACAAAAAAGGAUCUCAAAAAACGGAGACGACCUUGGAAAAUGGAAGAUCAGAGCGAAUGUCAAACCACCAAACUAUUCACCACCCUCGGGUGAAUGAAUCUUAAGUAAUGUCUCAAGCAGAACGGUAUCAAAUACAACAAAACCCCCACAAUGGGGGCUCAUUUGGCUUCGUCUAGGUUAAAUUAAUCCUGAACAUGCAAGAUUGGUGUUUUCGUUGCAAGUGUUCGGCUCGGUAAAUAUCCACUACUUACCUCCACUUCAGUGAAUAAUUGUUAUAUGUCUUGAAUUUUCCGAGGAACAGGCAAAUGAAGAAGAUAACUUUACAUCGAUCGAGGAAAGCACGUUUUAGCUGGCCUGAUCGAACGUGUCAUCAUUCGGCUUUAUGUUUUUCUGCGGAUAAUUGCAGCUCAAAAAUUAAAAGCUUUUGACCCGUAACUACACUGCGCACGUGGCAUUUGCUCCUUCAAAUUCAUUCCUUUAUUAUUCCUUAAUGAGAAUGCACUCUCCUCUGUCAAACGCACCUAAUAUAAUUAUUGGGGAUACUCCACAUAUAUAAAAGUGACCGGAAGCUCACCGGAAAAUUUCAAGAAAUUAGGUACCGGAAUCUUGUUCUGCCAGAGCGGUCUACUAUCACCCUCAAGAGGCAGCAAUUCUAAAGCAACAAAUUAGGUGUUACUGGCAAUUUUAAUCGAAUAGACCAAUCAGCUGACCACCAAAACUGUACCCAUUAUUUUUAUGGCUCAAGGCCGCUUAAUGUUUCUAAAAGGUAUCACAAUAACUCUAACUGCGAUCAUUACAGAUUUUAGCAAUUUUAAAGGAAUUAAAACCUCACUCAAGAUUACGAGGCUAAAUUUUGAAUUGUUUUCUUUCAUAGGUGAGCUGUGAGGGAAAGGGAUACGUAAUUGUGACCAUUAGAACGUAUAGCAAUUCUAAUAAUAAGAAGCAUAACGAUAACUGUUGUGAUCAUCGCGAUUUCUUCUUCCGCUGUGUUACGUGCGACACGUAUUUUAAACUAUACGUGAACGACCAAUCAUCAGCUGUCAACACGCAGACUGGCCGGAUCGAGGGAAAACGGAAGAACAAACGUUUGCCUAUCAGAAAGGAGUUUACCUUCAGUCAUUUUAGUGUAAGUUCGCCAGUUUUAGUCUUGAUGAAACCAUUUCCUCCUGUAGGGCCAAAAAAGGCCCCUAUGAAGGUGCCUCGAGACCAGGAGCCUAUUACCCAGGCUCCUGGACUCCUGUCUAGAGCUAUUCUCAAGCAUGCAACCCACUACCAUUACUAUCAUCACCAUCAUCAUGCAUCAUGAUCAUCACCAUCGUCAUCACAUCAUCAAGUAGCUCUUAUGCCUUUAAGACUGAGCAGAGAAACCUCUUCUCUCAGGGGCGCCCAACGGCAAUUUUCGGGAAAAUAUCUGUUCGGAAGACGAUUUGAGAUCUAGAAUUUUCGGAGCAUUUGUUGUAAAAUUUCUUGCUUGCCUGCCUCUCCUAGGAUUUUCGAACAUCUACAAAAUGGUAUAAUUACUCAUUUUUAACGGACUUUGACCCCAAAAAAGGCCACCUAGAAUUUUCGGGAGCCUUUUCCUGGCUGAAAUUUUCGAGAAGAUAAGUUUUUAUCCCUAUAUUUUUCGGAUCACUAGAUUUUCAGCUAGGAAAUCCGAACAGAUGAAAAGUUUUUAGGGGAUAAAAAUAUGCCUAUAUCUACCGUUUGAAUACUAAAAUACGUUCAACAAUGCUAUGUUAAGUGGUUUUGAACUAUAUCCUCGUUGGGUGCCCCUGCUCUCUUUGUUUCUAGCUGUGUAGCUUCUGCCAUGCUGAUCUUUUUGAGUUUCAGUCCUUUUGCUUGGUCUAGCCCGUGCUUACAACCAGAGGAACGCACGUUGCAUGCUCUAAUCGCCGGUUCAUUCCAAUAAACUCACAUUAAGUGGCCGAACCAUUUAAGACAUCGCCCACCAUAUUCCAUCAGAAGAUCCACUCAAACCAUUCCUUUAAUUAGUUCGUUCCCGAUAUUGUUCCGCCGUGAUUUUGCGGCUGCUUUCCGCAGAAUAUUCAUCCGGCAGCCCGUGAGCUUUAUGACAUGUUGGUUCAGGAAAGGCCACCUUUACGCUUGGUAGAAACACAGAAGUGAUGAGUAGUAAAUAAUGUUUUAUCGUAGGGAAACGUGGUCUUGAAAUUGGAGGUAUGGGAUGAUGACGUCAUCACUAACGAUGACUUCAUAGAUCGGUUUUCCAAGAACAUAGAUCUUGAUACAGUCAGAUCAGGGCCACCUUCGUCGAGAGAUGGCAGUGAAAGAGUCGUUCUAAGCAGCAAACGCGUAAGGAUAGAACUUGAUUUGGACAUCUAUUGCGACACACACUUUUAUGGUCCUUCCUGUAGCGUAAAAUGCGUACCACGGGAUGACUCGAGCGGACAUUACACAUGUGAUAGUCAAGGGCGAAAGGUUUGUAGGAGUGGCUGGUAUGGAGAGGACUGUACUCGGUACUGUGUCCCGCGGGAUGAUUCGAUCAAUGGCCACUACGUCUGUGAUAAGCAGGGAAACAAGAACUGCCUACAAAACUGGCAAGGGCCAUCUUGCAACAGCUGUGUGAAAAACUGGUACGGCAAACGCUGCUCAACUUACUGCGUGCCUCAGGAUAGCGAUGAGCAUGGACAUUACAAGUAAGAAAAAACCCGCGAAAGCUUGUUUAAUAUCUUUUUUUUUUUUUGAUGUUAGAGAGAUUAAGCAUCGCGUUUACGGCAAACAGCAAACGGGAAUUUGUACUACGUGACCAAGUUCCCCCUUUACUUGUCGUUAACUGUUCGAUAUAACUACACGAAAAUCGCUCGAUUCACGCUAAUUUUACCCAUGAGAAUUCUUUAAGCUGUUUUUAUUUGCUCGUUUCUCAUUUUGAAAAUUUCUUAACUUGAAUCUCACGUUUGCCGUGUGACGUAAACGCGAUGCUUAAUCUCUCUAUUAUUAAUAUUAUUUUUUUUUUAAUUUUUUGACCACAAAACAGUCGGUUUUUUUUCUCAAAAUCGGUUUAACGUAGCGUAAGAAUAGCCUAAGAGGCAAGAGAAAAAAACGUAUGGUAUUUUGAGCGUCUCUCCCUAGUCUCGUUCUCUGUUUUCAGCCUCGGUUCAGAUCUUUUGUUUGACUGUUCGCGCGUACUUGAAUACACAAAAAUAUGGACUGUUUUCCGUCUUUUUUUUGUAUUUUUCUGAGGUGGGGCCGGGGGGGGGGAGAGGGGAACGAGGACCCAUAGGAUGAAGAUGAGGACUGGUGUCGUAAAACAUCAGGAUAAAGGGUAUUUUUAGGCAGCUUUAAAUUUAAGCGCGUGCAAAGAUGUCGGGUAUCGUGAAUAAGGCCUAGUCAUCACCUAUUUGGCAGCUACCCAGCGUAAGUUACAUGUAUAAGAGAAGUAAAAUACAAUAGUCAGAAUGAAAGGGGGUAUGUUUAAAAGAAAACCACCGGUCAUGUUCCCAGUCCCCACUCCUCGCUGUAGCGUUCAAUAAUCCCCGCGGUUUCUAUUUUCGUGCGACGACAACAACGAUAACGUGAAAAAGAAAAAACUGCUCUGCGCAUGCAUCACGCUUUUUAGUACAUUUCGUUGACGUCCGUUGCACGACUACGACGUGAAACAUCCUAAUGCGACGUUCCAUGGAGGACGUUUCCAUUCUCUUUUUGAACCUGGAUAAAGUCCUUAACUUAAGGGUUUAACUCCAGGAAAAAUCACCUGCAUUUGACAAAUUAAACGGGUUCAAAUAGACGCCCAAGUUUGAGAAGACGCAAAUUUAUUCUUUUUUAGUAAUGUUUCACUGCCGUCAUCGUCGUUGCUUUUUAAGUUUCCUGAUAGAAUGUCUGUGAACAGGCUACUGAUAUUGUUAAUUUACUAUUUUGCCUCAUUUUGUCAACUUAAUUUCGGCACAGAUGCGGACUUGAGGAUGGAAAGAAAGAGUGCCUACCGUGGUGGUUUGGUACCGAAUGUGACGCAUACUGUGUCCCUCACAAUGAUGACGACGAUGGGCAUUAUGAUUGCGCGCAUGACGGAAGCAAGACAUGUAAGCCGGGAUGGUUUAGCGAAAACUGCGUGAAAUUCUGUGUCCCCCACGACGAUGAUGACAACGGGCAUUAUGACUGUGCAGCAGACGGAAAUAAAACGUGCAAGAUCGGAUGGUAUGGUGAACAGUGCCUGCGCUUCUGCGCGCCUCAAAAUGAUAACGAAAGCGGCCAUUACACUUGCGACAGCAAUGGUAACAAAGUAUGCAUAGACGGAUAUCGCCCACCAGAAUGUAAAGAAUGCCUCCUGGGUCGAUACGGAUCCAAUUGUUCACUGUCAUGUACAAAUGCAACCCAGCAAGGUUACUAUGAUUGUGCCGACGAUGGAUCAAUGCUGUGCAAGCCUUGGUGGUAUGGGCUGGAGUGUCUGCAGUACUGCGUCCCUCACGACGACAGCAAACACGGGCAUUACACGUGCAAUCCGCUGGAUGGAGGAAAAGUGUGCAAGAAAGGCUGGAAAGGGCCAGACUGUCUUGAUCGCAUAUAAGAUGUAAUCAUCAUAAGAUAUUCGAGAUUUUCUUUUUCGCCCCAUGGAAGGGAAUCCGGAAAAUAGUUGCUUGUGAAAUCUGGAAUCCUGGGCUUUGGAAUCCGAAAUACAAUUCAAGGAAUCUGGAAUCCCACUAACGAUUGGAAACUGGAAUCCAAGUUCCGCUGACAUGGCUUACCUGGAAUCCGGAAUCCACGGCGUGGAAUCCAGAAUCCAAGACCGUUUUGGAUUCCCUUAUAUGGGGUGACUAUUUUACAUUAUGUAGUAGAGCAAUCAAAUAACUUUAAUUCUGAUGGUGGUUCCUCUUUUACUUACCGUAUUUAUUCGUAUAAGCGCCCAACCUCGAAUUAGCGCCCACCUCGAAUAGGCGCCUAUCCUAAAGGCAGAAAAAGUUAAUAAGCGCCCAGCCUCGAAUAAGCGCCCACCCCACCCCACUCCCGCCCACAAAAACUCCAAUGAGAGAUAAUACGAGACCCUCCCUAAGACGGAGUUUUCUUCAGGGUAUUGUACAGAAACCUUGCUUUGUUACACCUUCGCUUCUUGUUAUUAGCAUUUACUGUUUUGUUGCAAAAUAUACUACUACGUUUGGUGAGAAUGGUGAAAAUUUAAUAAGCGCCCACCCUCGAAUAAGCGCCCACUCUCAAGGUCCAAAAAUUUUAUAAGCGCCCAGGGCGGUUAAUCGAAUAAAUACGGUAAAAUAUCCAAGUCGUAUAUUAUUAUCACUUUGGAAAAAUAGCUUAUAACCAAAAGCAUGUUACAUAAACAGUAGAUAUUUGGGUUGCAAGGAAGAUUUCCCUCUAAUGCAAACGGUUUUUUGAGGCGCUUCAUAAAGAGAAAAGUAAACCUCAGUCCUCUGAGAUACCAAAAAACUUUGAAAUACAUUACAGCAAUUGAAUGGUAAUUUUCGCAGAAUAACGUUAUCUUUCCAUCUUGCAUAUUACAUUGUAUUUCUCCUUGGAAAGAGCUACUGUUCCUGCAUGUUUACAUCGAAUCCGUGCCAAAAAACGUUAGGAAUGUUAGGAGUAUUUUCCAGUGUAUACUUUAUCUGCUUUGAACGUCUAUAUGAAAUUGCUAACAUAAGUUUAUAACUUUAAAAAAUGUUCGCGUUAUUUUAUGCAUAAUGCUUUGCUUUCAUUUGCUAGGUGUGCACUAGGUAAUACACCUAAAAAAAUAAGCAAAGUUUAUUCACAAACGAACAAAAAUGGCUGAUAUACAGCUUUGGUACUCAUGUUCAGUGAUUUCACGACUUAAGAUGGCUUUUUUGUACUGUUUGUCGUUUACAGUUACAACAAAGACUACGAUUGCAUUGAUUUCGUGGAUGUUAACACCAGUUUACUAUAACGUGAAGAAUAAACUUAGUUGUAACCAAA